AUGUCUGCUAUGACGGGUCCGAGAUCACCUACUUCUCCGUGGCCUCAGGAGCCACCAAACCUACAAAUCACAGGUCACCCUACCUCAGCAGCAAUUUUUUCGUUGUGUGACUCUCACCAGUCUCCGCUCAACUCCAGCCUUAGUCCUCACAGUACAGUCCCAGAACGUUCGGGUCCUAAUUAUUUCUCUAUCAGCGUGGAGAGUUCCACCACUCCUAGAAAGACUGGUGAUACGCUCUCUUAUGCCCAGUCUUCAAUUCCUAGUCCGAAACCACACUUAUUACCUACGAAGACUGUGCUCGAUGAUUAUGCGAAUCACAUAGGAGCAGGCUCAUCCGUUCACGAACGCAGAGCAUCUGCGAUCUACAGACGCUCUUUAAGUCGUGUCUUACCGAAAAAGGAUAUUAUUUCUAACCAGUCUGAUACCUCUACGAGUAUAAAGUCUGGAAAUGGUCGUGCCGUUGCAGUUGAACGCUGUGCUGAGUUACUCGAAUCCUCGCCCAAUGAUGUCAUGCUGUUAGAUGUGCGGCCAUAUGCGCACUUUGCGAAAGGGAGCAUCAAGGGAUCGUUGAAUCUUUGCAUACCAACGACUUUAUUGAAACGUCCUUCGUUUGAUACACAAAAGUUGGCAAAUACUUUCACAAAUCACGUGGACAGGAUGAACUUUGCCAGGUGGAAACAUUGUCGUUAUAUCAUCGUCUAUGAUUCAGGGACUUCUGACAUGAAGGAUGCAGGGCCUUUGACAAAUGUGCUGAACAAGUUCACGACCGAAGGAUGGGAUGGGGAUGGGCUAAUCCUUAGGGGUGGGUUCGACUCAUUCUCGAACCGAUUUCCCUCUCUCUUGCAACAGCAAAGUUCGCCUGCAAAACUGUCAAAGAAGCCAACUUCAAUGCACAUAGACCUACCAUCUGUUGCCCCUAUUGCUGGGGGUUGUGCUUUGCCUGAUUCCUCACGUCCCACAAUCCCCUUUUUUGGGAACAUCCGGCAGCACAUGGAUCUUCUUGGUGGUGUCGGUCAAAUUCCUCUUCAGCUGCCCGAGAACCUGACAGAAUCGUUGAGGCAGUCACUACCACCUUGGCUGCGGGAGGCGACAGAUCCAGCAGACCAAGGUCGUAGCGUUUCACAGAAAUUUCUAGAGCUGGAGAAGAAAGAGUUAGAACGCAUGAAACAAGCACUGACUUAUGACAAGUCUUCCGAUACUUCAGCAGCCGAUGCUUUCCCGGAGAAAUUCCGUGUCGCAGGUAUCGAGAAAGGCACAAAAAACAGAUAUAACGACAUUUAUCCUUUUGAUCACUCCCGGGUGAAGCUGCAGGAUGUGCCGCCUGGGGAAUGUGAUUACGUAAAUGCAAACUUCAUGAAAGCAGAGUAUGGCAAUAAGCGCUACAUAGCUACUCAAGCCCCUGUACCUGAUACAUUUACUAUUCUCGUACAUUGCAAGUGCCAGAUCUCACUAGCAAGCUUCAAACUAGAGAUAUUUGCUGCUUGUUCUCUCAUCAUCAAUUACUUGAGGUCUUCUGAACGAGUCAUUGAAGCCAGCGCCAUGCUUCUACAACUCCCCACAGAACUGAUACAACUUGUUCUUCAAUAUUCAACCACGCCAGCCUUCCUGCAGGCAGCUUUUGCUUGUCACACCCUCUAUGACAUUGCCUCUAACUGCCGGGAGAUUCUAUUGCAUCACCUGUACCAAACACCUGGGCUGAAUGAGGAUCUUCUACGUGCUGAGUCAAAGCAACUGUUCCGGGUGCUCCAAAGGCGCGCGUCCCAGCAACUGUAUGGUGCCCAGUUCACCGCAAGUUGUACUCAUUUCCACUUUGGGCCAUUGGUCCUUGAUGUCAAAGCAUCAUCGCUAGCCCCCUCAGAACACCAGACCUUGGCACUUGUUUACAAAGGCCACGAGGACAUUCGGCUUUUUCACACCGAGAAUGGCCAACUUCAACUUAAAGCUUGCUUGAAACCACACCGACUUCAGCCAGGCAUAGUCGAGGUUCUAAGGACAGCCUUUGAUGCAGAUGAUGGCCUCUAUGUCCUACAACGCUUUACACCUACGGUUGAAGAAAGCCCAGACUCAGAGCACCCAUUCAUUAAACAAGCAUCUAAAUGUUAUAUCCGGGGGCAGAUCUAUCUCAUUCGCUACUCCCUCCAGUCUCGCCAUGAUCCUGUUCGCGUGUGUACAUUCCCAGACCAUGCUGAGUAUGAGCCUCUGGCUCUCGCCGCUGCCAAUCGAGAUACUUUUGCAAUUUCCUGGCAGCAUUGCCGUGAAAGUGAAGACUAUGAAGUAGUGCUUUAUAAUGCACAGAGCACAUCUAGCGUCCACAACCUGCCAAGCGCAAUAGGUUCGUUUCCCAGUUCUGCUGCUAAUAAAUAUGGAGAGAUAGAUUUUGACCAAGUUACAGAUCUUGCAUAUGAUUCUUGUGUCCUUGUAGACUGGACCAAACAGCAUCAAGAUGAUGACGUACACCUCCAUGCAAGGUUGGCCGGUCCCCGUUUCAACUGUCAGAAAGGACCCGUUAUAGACCUUGCAUUCAACGAUAGAUCAACCCAAAUACUCUAUUACCACCGAGCCCAAACUUUAUAUGGAUCAUUUCAAAGGAUCAAUAUGACCUCUUUCCCGGUCCAGCCUACAUUAUAUGAGAACUCAUCGCUGGUGCAGUUCUCGGGUUCCUUGAGUCUUCGCUUCUCAAUCGCCAUUCCUUUUUAUGGAACACAUGUAACGCGAGUGGAGGGAAACGGGCAUUCCAGAUGUCACUGGAAAUACCUUGCUUUAGGAAUAGCGACUCAUCGCACGGAAGAUUGGACAGUCGCAUGUUUGUUGAAAUCCGAAGCAAGCUGCUCAUCUCAACUUUGUGGACAUAUUCUGAACCUUGAACGCGGGCGACGCUUUUUUGACUGGACAGUAGUUGCACGACUUUGGGGCUUUCAGGAUUCGAAUAAUUCCCUCGGUUGUAAAGUUGCUACUUCGAAACAUGGCACACGGAUUGCUGUCGCUAACUGGAAUGUCUUGUACAUCUGGGCACUGCAGCCCAGUGCACUCAUCGAACAAAAUUCCAACGGAUAUUACCCGCCCUUGCUGCUGUCCCCAGACUCAGGAAUGGUCGAACUGCGGCCGAUAGUUAUCCCACUAGAUGCGGUCUGCUUCAAACUACGUUUUACAGAUGUGGAGGACGAAUUGUUGGCUAUCACAGACAGAGGGUUGAUGUACUGGGAUCUUGGCCCGUUAGGAAGAGGCCAAAGAAUAACUAAAGAGCUACCGGCUUAG